UGUUGGUUCCCCUGGAGGAGUUUGGGACCUUGUUGUUGCUGAGAAUGGCUGCAGUUCUCUUUGGGGAGCUCUGGUCUUUACUGUAUCGCUUGCUGACUCCAGAGGAGAAGAUGUGUACUGUUCAGUCUCCUGAAGAAGAUUGUCAUGCUGGCUUCCUGAAUGUGAAACUGACCUGGGCUACAAUGAUAUCACAUGGAGGAAGGGCCACGCUGGGAUUAUCAUCUACAGAGGACGAGGGCGAGGACCCCUGGUACCACAAAGCAUGCAAGUGUGAUUGCCAAGGAGCAGCCAAUGCCCUGUGGUCUACAGGUGUCACCUCCUUAAACUGCAUACCAGAAUGCCCAUAUCACAAGCCCCUGGGUUUCGAGUCAGGGGAAGUUACACCAGACCAGAUCACCUGCUCUAAUCCAGAGCAGUAUGUGGGCUGGUAUUCCUCAUGGACUGCAAACAAGGCCCGACUCAACAGCCAAGGUUUUGGGUGCGCUUGGCUCUCCAAGUUCCAGGAUAGCAGCCAGUGGUUACAGAUAGAUCUGAAGGAGAUUAAGGUGAUUUCAGGGAUCCUCACCCAGGGGCGCUGUGACAUUGAUGAGUGGAUGACCAAGUACAGCGUGCAGUACAGGACUGAUGAACGCUUCAACUGGAUUUACUACAAGGAUCAGACGGGAAACAACCGGGUCUUCUAUGGAAACUCAGAUCGAAGCUCCACAGUCCAGAAUCUUCUGCGGCCCCCCAUUAUUUCGCGCUUCAUCCGGCUGAUCCCUCUGGGUUGGCAUGUCCGCAUUGCCAUCCGGAUGGAGCUGCUGGAGUGUGUUAGCAAGUGUGCCUGACGCCUGCUCCGGCUUGGUCUGGCCAGGGGUGGGGGACCUGGUGCACCAAUGUGAUCAACAGAACUGUAUGUUACAAGCACUUUUAGAUGCAGGGCUGUGUAGAGAAUCUUUCUUUACUUUCGUUCGUUCUUUUUCUUUCUCUUUCUUCUUUUCUAAAUAUAGUUUCCCAUUUCAAUGAAAAAGAAAAAUGAACUUUUUCCUCACUCAAGAUCAAAGAAAAAAAAUAUCCUCCAAACCAUUUUUUUUUACAAAAGCCUAAUGGGUAACUGGAUGCUACUCUUUCAUUCUCUUUUUGUCUCAGUAACACUGUGAAAGAUACAGUCCCAGGGGAACAUACAGCAGCCCAGAAAUUUGACAAUUCUUUCUUGCCCUUCCAUAUUCCAAAGUGGAACACCCAGUGGUCACUUUUGACGGCCAAAGGAGAGCAGGCUUGAAGUUAUUUUCAUAAAAUUGUGGCUAAAGAGGUCUGCAGAGAGACUGCUAGGUAGCAAAAAGUUUUGAGGUUGACUGCAUGGCAGGCAUGAAGGAGGUGGAUGGGAGCAUGUGGCCUGUCCCACAAUUGUCCUGGUCUUCUGAGGCCUGCACACAAUAAGUGACCAAAUAUCCAGGGUAGGAGACCCUCUCCUGCUCCGAGUUUACACCCUGAAGUGGUGGUCUGAGACUUUAGAUGCGUGAGAAGGGCAGAGCUCCCAUGACACACAGUUCUAUCACACAACCCAUUCAGGCAGGCUGCCCAAGUCUGUGGUCACCUUUAGGUGGCUGCAUGGGACAGGCUGCCUGUGUAAGUAGUACUGAAGAACCUCAAGUGACCAGAACACAGCAGAAUUUCCUCAGCAAGGCUAUCACUUUUUGACAAGCUCAACAUGUGGAAAAAGAGCAGGCACGGAAGCUACACUGGUGACUUAGAGGCCCAUGAUACAUGCUUCGGAGGAAGUGAUCAGGACUCAUGUCACAAAAAGGACUUCUACUCUGGAGGCUUCUCACCCUCCAAACUCUGCCUUGUGCCACCCAAAUAUGCCAUUUCCUAAUGCAUGAAACCUCCUGGGAAGGAAUGAUCCUAGCCUGCCCUUUUCUUGCUGUCAGAGCUUAUCUGGUGGGCAGCUCAUGUGAAAUGCAGCCAGUCUCACUGUUCCUCUGUAGGUCUGUCUGAGUUCCAGGUUGUUCCCUGGGAGAGGCUUGUGAACAUGGGGAUGAAAGGCCCAGGAGGGUGGAAUCAGACAUGAGGACUUUCCCGAGACUGUCCUGACCCUGGACACAGCACAGCUUUUGCUAGCAACUCUUGAGUUACUUUCCAUUUUCAAACGCUGAUGUGAGUGAAUGAACCCACACUAGCACAACCCUGGAUAACCACGCUCAAGUCCUCUGUGACUGUGUGGCCUCCUUAAAGUUUCAACUCUUUUGCCUGGUAUUUGGGGCUCAGAACAGUUUUAUAUUAGAGCCAACAUCUCUCUAAUCCCCACGCCUUAGAUGAAUGCUUUUUCAUGCUGUCUUCUUUCACAUGUAAGCACAUCAUUUCAGGAGAACUGAGGAAAAUAGUUCUGGCCUUAGGACAACAUGGAUAAAUACAUUUUGGACAGAAUGCCUGAAUACAUUCUUAUUUGGAAAACUGAAUUAACUUUUCUCAUGGCAUGCAUUGUCAGAAAAAAUGGCAACUGCCUAAGAGAUUUCCACAACUAUCACUAUCAAACAUGGAAGGCAAACAAGUAUAACAGUUCAGGGUAAAAAGGAACAAAUCACUAUGAAGGAUGGAUGAAGGUUCUUCAAAUUAUUGCUUACAUUGGAAAUUUUUGUUUUGUAAUGUCUUUAUUGAGAUAAAGUCCACAUAUACAAUCUUCCCCCAUUUAAAAUGUACAAUUUAAUGACUUUUAUUUCUGUAUAAUAAAGUUCUACAACCAUGAUUAUGAGCAAUUUUAUCACCCUAGAGCGUACCCAUUAGCAAGUACCCACGCUAUUUCUAGGCAACUACAAUCCAUUUUCUGCUUCUAUGUAGAUCUCCCUUUUCUGAACAUUUUCCAGUAUAAAUGAAAUCAUACAAUAUGUGGCCAUUUUUUGACUGGCUUCUUGUAUUUAGUGAAAUGUUUUGAAAGUUCAUCCAUGUUGCAGUACAUAACACUCCAUUCUCUUUUAUAGCUGAAUAUCACUCCAUUGUAUGGAUAGACCACAUUGUUAUUUAUCCAUUCAUCCCUCGAUGGACAUUUGGGUUGUUCCCACUUCUUGGCUAUCAUGAAUAAUGCUGCUAAGAACAGUUGGAUGUAAGUUUUUAAUGUGGACAUGUUUUCAUUUAUCUUGGGUAUAAUCCUGGGAGUCAAAUGAAUGAGUCGCACGGUGAGUCCAUGUUUAACCUUUUGAGGAACUAGUUUUCCAAGUGGUUGCACCAUUCGCCAUUCCUACCAGCCAUAUAUAAGGAGUCCAAUUUCUCCAUAUGUUCAGCAAUGCAUGAUUGUCUUUCUUUAUAGUCAUUGUAGUAUGUGUCAAGUGGUGUUUUAUUGUAGUUUUGAUUUGCAUUUCUCUAAUGACUAAUGAUGUUAAGCACCUUUUCAUGUGUUUAACUGGCCAUUUAUAUAUUUUAGAUAAACAGUUAUCUAGAUCCUUUGCCCUUUAAAACUUGGCUUACAAUUUAUUACAUUAUAAGAAUUUUUGGAGGUUCUAGAGAAAAUUCCCUUAUCUGGUAUGUGAUUGCAGUUGUUUUUCCAAUCUGGGAUUUUUUAAAAAAUUUUUUACUCUCGAUGGAAUCCUGUGAGGCACUAAAGUUUUUAAAUUUUAACAAAGGUCAAUUUAUUUUUCUCUGUUUGUUCUUUUGGUGUCAUUAUCUAAGAAAUCACCACCAAAUCCAGGGACAUUAAGAUUUACUCGUGUUUUCUUCUAGAAGUUUUACAGUUCUAUCUUUUACAUUUAGAUCUUUGAACCAUUUUGAAUGAAAUUUUUUGUGUGGUAUAAGGCAGGGGGGCAUUUUUUUUUGCAUGUAGACAUCCAGUUGUUCUGGCACCAUUUGUUGAAAAAAUAACCUUUUCCUACACUGAAUGAUUUUGGUGUCCUGUCAUGAAAAUCAAUUGAUCAUAAAUGUGAAGGUUUACUUCAGAUAUCAUAAUUCUAUGAACUGGCCAUCUUUAUUACUGGAUCUUUGUAUUAAGUUUUGAAACUGGGACAUAUAAGUGCUCCAACUUUGUUUUGACUAUUGUGGAUUCCUUGAACUUCCAUAUGAACUAUAAUUUCUACAAAGAAUCCAGCUGGGGUUUCAAUCGAAACUGCUCAAUACUUCAGAACUUAAUAAACAAUGAAAUACUGAGAUCUGUAGAACAUUUAUCUGCAGGUAAUUUGCUUCUGACAGCAUACUAAUUAUUUACUUCAUUAAACUCACAACAGAAUGUAUAAAAAUAAAACUAUUACUGAGGAAAAUCUGAAGCCUAACCAAAUCUUCUUGUUAAACAUAUGUACAAUGUUUGUGGUAUCAUUUCUUUUAUGGAGGAAAAGUUCAAUUAAAAAAUAUAAUGCAGCAAAAAGUCACCUUAUUUUGACAUGUUUACUUUUAUUUUUAGAAAUGCUAGAGUGUGGUCUACACUUGGAGAUUUUUAAAAACUAUGGUAAAAUAUACACAACAUUUUGCAGAUUUUUAAGUAAUUAAACAAAA